CGGUGCAGGCUGACAGGAGCAGCUGGGCGACGGCGGCGUCGCAGCUCAGUCUGUACCUGUUGGAACAGCGGCUCCAAGCUGUUUGCAGUGAAGCGGCACUCGUAAGAGUCCGCAAAGUUUUAUUGCUUUUAGCAACAGUACCAACGGACAGUAGCGCCUCAACUUUCAUACAUUCAGGUGGAGACCAUUUCUGAGCGCAGUGACAGCUUCACCUCUUUAAUGGCGUGAUCGUCAGCGCAUGGAAACUGUAGAAAUGUCGCCUUUGCCUGAAGACAAAACUCAGGACCAAAGGCGUCAACGUGAGCCUGGAUUUGAUUCGUCAAUCGUCUCGCUGUGGCCAAGCAAGGGAAGGGUGGCAAGCGGAACAGGAAACAGCGUUGUCUGUAGGAGAGAAUAAAACCCAACCAAAGCAAAUAUCGAUCAUGUCAGAUCCAGUCUGUUGACUUCGUUUCCCUCUGUCUAUAGAGGAUUGGUUAUUUUCCUGCGGGAGCAGCAUUCAGCGGCGGCACUCAGUCAGAAGUCGCGCCGCGGAUGACAGACUCUUAUUUUGUAACAUGGAAAGAAGCGCCUGAGCGCAACUUCCUUGGCGGCAGUGACUUCAGCGCAGAAGACUGCGGUGCUCAUUCGCGACAAAAUAAAGCGGACGAAACGCGUCCUUCGUGGCUUGGUGGACCGUUCCCAUUUGACUUCACCAGCUUGAGUGACUCGCUCUCGGGUUGAACAUGUGCCCUGGAGCGACCGGCGUUGUGCCUCACUGACCUGAGACCAGAGCAGCGAUGGAAUGCGCUCACAGCCUCCUGCUGAAGGAGGAGGCUUGUGCUCAGCUGAGCCAGCACCAGAGGGCUCAGUUCAUCUUUGAGUGGCUGACUCACCUGAAGAGGCUGCUGCCGGCUGCUGACAAGGCUCUUCUCAAAGAGAACCAGCGGCGCCUGGUGGAGCAGCUCUGGGACGUUGUGACGGCUUCUCCCGGACCUCCCACCCGCCGGCUGCUGGCCGACUGUCUGGCCCUGACCCACAGGCUGGGAGACCCCCUGCCCUCCAGCCUGCUGGUGGAGAGAUGCAACGACGUCAUACGUGCGAAGGACGACUCCCCGUCCAGCCUGCCCACGCGACUCGCAGCCGUGGCGUGUCUGGGCUCCUUGUUCCAGCACCUGGGCCGGGUUCUGGUUGGCUCCAUCAAAGACUCGCUGGCAAACCUGCUGAGGGCUCUGAAGAGUGCAGAGUCUCAGGGACGCUAUGAGAUCAUGACCUGUCUGGAGAAGAUGCUUCGUGGUCUGGGCGUGAGCGCCACCUGCUGCCACCGGGACGUCUACAAGGUGGCGAGGACGUGUCUGACCGACCGCUCCAUGGCCGUCCGCUGUGCAGCCGCCAAGUGUCUGCUGGAGCUGCAGCGUGAGGCGGCCUUCCUGUGGAGCAGCGAGCUGGAGAACGUGGCCACGCUGUGCUUCAGGGCGUGCGAGGGCUCCGACCACCGCGUCCGCUCCUGUGUCUCCCAGCUGCUGGGAGCUCUGCUGGCCGCAGCCCUCCAGCCCAGGCAGCUCGAUGGUACCAUUCCGCUCCCGGACCUUCUAUUUCCAGCACCCGUUUCUAACUUGACCUCCCCUGCGUCCCGCCCUCGGCCAGCUGGCCGUGGCCACAGCACUCUGGAGGAGGUGAUGGACCUGCUGUCAGCUGGCUUCCUGCGAGGAGGGGCUGGCUUCCUGCGAGCCAGCGGGGACAUGCUGAAGAGGAGCAGCUCUGUCGGGAAAGACGUCCGGAUCGGAGUCACGCAGGCCUGCGUGGUCUUCGUCUCCACUCUGGGGGGCUCCUGGCUGGAGGCAAAUUUCCCAGCAUUCCUCUCCCUGCUGAUGGAGCUGGCGUCUCACGGCAGAGCGACGCAGACGCCGGCUGAUGCGGCCAUGACCCGCUGCUGCGUCUCCUUCAUUCUGAGGAGCACAGUGGGUUCACUGCUCGGGGAGAAGGCCCAGAGCAACGCAGCCAAGCAGCUCUGUGUCGCCGUGGCAGCGCAAAAGAAGACUGUGGAUGCUGCCCUGUCGGAGGGGAACAUGGAGACCAGAGUUUCUCCUGCAGAUGUAGCAGCCAGUCAACACGUGCUGGUCUGCUGUCUGCAGGAACUGGGAAGCCUGGUCCAGGGUCUUGGCUCUGCUGCUGCUCCUCUCCUGGCUGACCGCAGCAUCGCUUUCCUGGACACGGUCAUCUCCAUCCUCCUUCACCCGGCCCCUGUUGCCCGACUGGCCGCUGCCUGGUGCCUCCGCUGUGUUGCGGUGGCGAUGCCCUCCCACUGCUCCCCUCUUCUGGACCGCUGCUCCGAGCGCCUGGUUGCCCUGAAGUCCUCCCCGGAGGCUGUUGGGGGCUAUGGAGCGGCUGUGGCCUCCCUGGUGGCUGCUGUGCAGCACUGCCCUCUGGGGGUUCCACACAGCAAAGGCAGAGUGGUUCUGGGUCUGGCUGAGGACCUGCUGCGUUCUGCGGCUCAAAACAGUCGUAUAUCUUUGCAGAGGACUCAGGUGGGCUGGCUGCUGCUCAGCUCUCUCCUCACCCUGGGAGCUGCUGUCGUGGGUCAUCACCUGUCCCGGCUGCUCCUCCUGUGGAGGUGCGUGUUCCCUGCGUCUCUGAGGGAACAGGAAAUGGAGAUGCGGCGUGGAGACUACUUCACCUGGCAGGUCACUCUGGAGGGCCGCGCCGGGGCGCUGUGUGCCAUGAAGAACCUGCUCCAACACUGUCCAGAGCUGGUCACCCAUGACGUCGUCAGUUGUCUCCUCACACCUCUGGCCUGCGCAGUCACUCUGCUCACCAAGCUUCCCGCUUUGGUCAGAUCUUACGGGAGUUCUGUCCGGGCCUCGGCCCUGCUCUACAGAUUAAGGGUGUAUGAACUGCUGGUUCUGCUGCCUCCUCAUCACUACCAAGAGAGCUUCGGUCUGGUGAUGAACCAGCUGGUGUCGGACUUGUUGGGUAAGGAGAACUUAAACCUGCAGUGUUCAGAGCUCACGCUGCUGCCCCCCUACUGUCACCCGGACGACCUGGCGCAGGUGAGCCCUGCCCUCCCGGAGUCCAGCUGCAGGUCCAUCGACCAGCAGCUCUUCGGCAGCAGCGUCGGCGGCAGGUCUCUGGACCAUGACCCCUUCAGUCUGUGUGAGAUGAGCGAUGAAGCUGCAGCUCCUCUUCCUCCUGCUGCGGCGCUGACGUCGACGGCUGUACGGCUCUUUGCUGUGCUCUUCCCCCACAUCAUCGCCCCCCAGAGAGUGAAGACACUGGAGCAGUUUGUAGAGCACCUGAACAAAGUGAAGGGUCUCCGUCAGCAGAUCAUCCAGACUCACGUGUGCGCGGCCCUCUGCAGUUUGCUCAAGCACCAGGCCUCCGUCCGUGGCUCGCUGGGCCCACAGGAGCUGCGGCAACCGGCACUGUCUCUCCUGACGGGGGCGCUGGAGAGCAGCGACCCCCUGAGACGCUGCAUGGCAGCCGAAGGUGUGGCCCGGCUGGUUCAGCUGGUGGCCGAUGCUGGAUUCACUGUCUCUGUCUCGCUGCUCUGCUUUGACAGGCUGAAAACGGCGAGGGACGCAGCCUCCCGCAGUGGCUAUGCUCUCACCCUGGGGGCGCUGUACCGCUACGUGGGCGGCGCCAGCUCCUCGCAGCACCUGGCCACCUGCAUAGGAGUCCUGUUCACCCUGAGCCAGGACAGCACCUCGCCGGAGGUCCAGGCCUGGUCUCUCCACAGUCUCUCCCUGGUGGUGGACCUGUCCGGCAGCCUGUUCCGGGUUCAUGUGGAGGCAACCUUGGCUCUAGUUUUGCGUCUGCUGCUGUCGGUGCCGCCCACUCAGCCCGAGGUCCACUACAGUCUGGGACGCUGCCUGCAUGCUCUCGUCACCUGUCUGGGCCCCGACCUGCAGGGUGAGGGCGCUCUCCGCUCCAGCUGCCUGGUGGGCUUCACCGUCAUGCAACAGGGUCCAGACUUGCUGGUCCAGGCCAGAGCCGUUUCCUGUGUCCAGCAGCUGCACAUGUUCUCGCCACCACACGUCAACCUGGCCACUCUGGUUCCUGCUCUCUGUGAGAUCUUGCUGGACUGCUCCAUGUUGGCUCACCUGGGUGGCUCCCACUGGUGUCUGCGUCGGGCUGUGGUGGCGUGUCUGCGUCAGCUGGUCCAGCGGGAGGCGCUGGAGGUUUGUGAACGAGCAGUGACUCUGGUGAAGGAAGUGCCCCGGAGGGACCACUCGCAGUUGGAGGUCACCAUUAAAGAAGUGGGGUUGGAGGGAGCCAUGUUCACUCUGUUAGAUCACGAGUCCGACCCCGGACUGAGGAGAGACAUCCACCAAACCCUGGUCCACAUGAUGUCGUCCAGCGUCACUGGGGGCAAACUGGGCCACUGGCUGAAGCUGUGCAAGGACGUCCUGUCGGCAUCGGCUGAGCGGCACUCGCCAGUGGAGGCAACGCAGGAGGACGAGGAGGCGACAGAGGACGACCACUCUGUGUUCAGAGCCCGGUCCCAGUCGGCCGGCUCAUUGACCGGGCUGCACUGGACCACGCGGCACUUCGCUCUGGAGUGUGUGUGUCGAAUGGUCGCGCAGUGCGAGGGCGCCGACCCGGCCCACUUUGACAUGGUGCUGGCUCAGGACCGAGGUGUGAAGGAGUCCGCUGACUUCCUGGUGCUUCACCUGGGAGACCUGGUCCGCAUGGCCUUCAUGGCAGCCACAGACCACAGUGAGCAGCUGCGGCUGGCCGGUCUUCAGGCCCUGCUGGUCGUCAUCAGGCGCUUCGCUGCUGUGCCAGAACCGGAGUUCCCGGGUCACCUGAUCCUGGAACAGUACCAGGCCAAUGUGGGAGCUGCUCUCCGACCUGCCUUCUCUGCUGAUGCACCUCCUGAUGUCAUGGCUGAAGCCUGUCAGGUGUGCAGCGCCUGGAUCUCCAGCGGUGUGGUCAGUGACCUGCGGGACCUGCGAAGAGUCCACCAGCUCCUGACCUCCUCGCUGGCCAAAGUCCAGACAAGCAGUGAGUCUUCCAGCCACUUGUACAACGAGGCCACCGUUACCAUGGAGACGCUAGCUGUCCUCAAGGCCUGGGCCCAGGUUUAUAUCGUGGCGGUCCAGAGCAGCUCAGGAUCGGAGUCGGCUGCUCUGCUGCAGCUGGUCCAGUCAGAUCUGCCCCGGCUGAGUGGCCUGUGGCUGGCGGCGCUGCAGGAUCACGCUCUGCUGAUGCUCCCGUCCCAGUUCACGUCACAGCUCCCUGCUGCAGGGGGCUCCUUCUACACAGCGGAGACCCAGGACCAGGCUCGAGCUCACUACUCCUCCUCCUGGGCUCCUCUUCUCCACGCCGCCUCCUUGUGGCUCCACAGCAGCGGUGUCGUGAUGUCAGACGAGUCGCCGCCGAGUCUGUCCAGACCAGCCACGCCCACCUCCAUGGGGCACAGAGACUCAAGUUCCGGAGCCAAGUGUCCGGAGGAAGUCAACAUGGACAGAGUGCACCUCCUGCUGGGAAUCAGUGUGGAGUUCCUGUGUUCCCCUCAUUCAGUCGACCAGAUGGACAACAUCACGUCCUGUCUUCAAACGCUGCAGUCACUCCUGGACGUCACAUGGCUCCGAGCCAAGAUCGGAAAUGACCAGGCUCUGAGUGUGGAGCUGCUGAGUGUCCUCCACAGGUUGAUGGUCACUCGGGACUCUGAGUCCGUUCAACUGGCUGUGUUGAGUUUACUGCAGCAGGUUGUCACGGCGACACAGGAGCACGUGAGGGAGAAGCGCCACAGUGCAGAGGUGGACGACGGCGCUGCAGAGAAGGAGACGCUGCCCGAGUUUGGUGAGGGACGAGACACCGGCGGCCUGGUUCCCGGUCGCUCCCUGGUGUUCGGAGCGUUGGAGGUCUGCCUCUGUGUCCUGGUCCGUAAACUUCCUCAGCUGUGCCCCAAACUAGCCGGGACCGGUCCCACAGGUCACAGCUGGUCCGUCUGCGCUCUGACAGACGGCGACUGUCGUCUGGUGGCCUCGGCGCUCUGCCUUCUGUCUGAGCUUCCGUCCCUCUGUUCCCCUGAAGGCAGCGUGUCCGUCCUGCCCACCGUCCUGCACCUGCUGCUGGGGGUCCUGAGGGAGCUGGCCUGCCAACCGGCCCGAGCCGGAGGCGAGGCCCGGGGAUCUGGGCUGGUGGUGCGCGCCCUCCUUCGCGCUCUGAGGGUCGUGCUGACGUCACCGGUGAGUCGUCAGGAGAAGAGCCGCGGCGCCUGGAACCUGCUCCUGCGCUCGGCCGUCAGCUCGCUGCUGCUGCUGUGGGACGCGGAUGGCGUGCCGGAGCGUGGCAGCCUGCUCUCGGCUCUGACCGUCCUGCUGCUUGCCGCCGGGCCGGACGUCUUCGCCGUGGAGCCCCUGCACUCGCUGGUCCUGCAGUGCUUCACCUCCAGCAUGGAUUCCAAGGAGCCGCUGGAGGUCAGCGGCUGCUUCCAGCUGGUGACAUCGCUGUUCCAGGGCCCGCCCGCUAUCGCCGUCCCGUGCAUCCGAGCGCUUGGGCCGCCCCUGAUCCGGUUCCUGCAGAAGGCUGAGCGGACGCGACCGCAGAGUCCGGACGAGCUGCAGGGGGUCCUGCAGGGGAUCCGGGCGCUGGAGGCGCUGGUCCAGGCCGCAGAAGAGCCGCAGCGUCAUCGCCUGGCGGCCAUCUUGUUUCCGCUGCUCAUCUCUCUCCUGCUCGACGAAAACGCGCUGAGCUCUGCGCCCGCUGCCUCCCGCGGCCUUCACGAGGCGGCGCUGAAGGGACUGAUGUGUCUGGGGCCGCAGUACUCCUCCGUCUUGAAGUCACUGGUGGCUUCGUCUCCUCAGCUCAAGUCCCGUCUGGAAGCCGCCGUCAGAGGGAACCAGGAGAGUGUGAACAAAGGCAAUGGCACUAGCCCCGCCCACCGCCGGCCCGCCAAGUCCUCGCCCAGCAUCACGCUCAAAACCAACUUCCUGUGAGGUCAGCAGAGGGGC